GGCCCACAACGAUGCCUGUAGAUCCAGUCCCGGCCUCCACCAUGCAGGGCGGAAGUGACAAAGAACACCUUUACAGCACCGUCUGCAAGCCUCGCUCGCCCAAGCCCAAGGAAGGCGGUCCACCACCCUUCUCCUCCUCCAGCGGAGUGCUCGGGGCAGGCCUUUGCGAGCUGGACCGGCUCCUGCAGGAACUUAACGCGACCCAGUUCAACAUCACAGAUGAAAUAAUGUCCCAGUUUCCAUCCAGCAAAAGUCCCAAUGGGGAGAAGGGCAAAGACAGGUCAGAAGAUUCUGCAGAUGGUGGUUCUUUAUCUCGGCCCGCAGCUCCUGCAAAGCCAUCGGCCACAUCGGCUACCCUGGAGCUGGACAAGCUGAUGGCCUCUCUGUCAGAUUUCCGGGUCCAGAGCAACCUCCCUGCAGCUGCUCCAUCGACCGUGUCCCCUCCCCCCGCUCCUGCCCGGGUGUCCUCGGCCCAGCUGCCGCUGCUCUCGUCCGUCUGCCCCAGCCCCCCUGCGGCGCCCUCACAGACGUCCCCGGCCCAGCCCAGCGGGAACCUGGAUAGCAUGCUUGUCAUGCUGGAGUCUGACCUCAGCCGCCAGGGGAUCUCCACCACCGCCAAGGGGCUGUGCGCUUCGUGUCAGAAGCCCAUCGCGGGGCAGGUCGUAACGGCGCUGGGGAGCACCUGGCACCCGGAGCAUUUUGUCUGCACCCACUGCCAGAAGGAGAUGGGGGGCAGCAACUUCUUCGAGAAGGACGGCGCCCCCUACUGCGAGAGAGACUACUUCCAGCUCUUCUCUCCCCGCUGCGGCCUCUGCAACGAGCCCAUCCUGGAUAAAAUGGUGACCGCACUGGAUAAGAACUGGCACCCCGAGCACUUCUGCUGUGUCAAAUGUGGGCAGCCCUUUGGGGAAGAAGGUUUCCACGAGAAGGACGGGAAGCAGUACUGCCGCCAGGACUUCUACGAGCUCUUUUCCACCCGCUGCCAGGGAUGCAGCCAGGCCAUCCUGGAGAACUACAUCUCUGCUCUCAACGCCUUGUGGCAUCCGGAAUGUUUUGUCUGCAGGGAGUGCUAUACGCCCUUUGUGAACGGAAGUUUCUUUGAGCACGGCGGCCGCCCCUUCUGCGAGAUCCACUACCACAAGCAGCGCGGCUCGCUCUGUUCGGGCUGCGAGAAGCCCAUCACCGGCCGCUGCAUCACCGCCAUGGCCCGCAAGUUCCACCCGGAGCACUUCGUCUGCGCCUUCUGCCUCAAGCAGCUCAACAAAGGCACCUUCAAAGAGCAGAACGACAAGCCCUACUGCCAUCCGUGCUUCAUCAAGCUCUUCGGGUGACAGGGAGGCGCCUCAGCCCUGCCGGGGCCAAGCCACACCUGCUUCCAACGUGGGAAGGGGGGAGGGCCCACAGACCUCAGCCUUUUACUCAGCCACGCCCCUUCCCUUUGUGGGAGGGGCCUGUGCCUUAUGGGCUCCGCCCCGUGCCGCUGGAGCCACCACACCAUUGCCAAAGCCACACCUCUAGAUAGAGCCACGCGCAAAGCAAGCAAGGUGAGAAGCAGGAUUUAUCUGUGCCUCCCGUUCUACUCAGGAGCUACUCCCUGGUCCCCACACGAGCACCCCAGUCUCGACCCCCACCCUCAUCACAUGCUGCUUUAAGCCACACCUCCACAAAGCCACCCUUUCUGACAGGAGGCAGUGCCUUAAGCCACACCCCCACGACCAGCUGGUGAUGUCAUCAGGGUAGGAGGCAGGGACUUAAAGAAGCCACACCUUCCCACAACUCUACUCAGUACCAUGGAAUGGGGGCAUACCUGAGCCACCCUUCCCUGGCAACACCUACUGCAGAAGUCACAGAGCUAUUCAGGGUGGAACUGGGGCCAACGUCACUUCCUGGUUCCCUCGUCUGCCUUAUCGUUCCCGGGGGCUGCUAGACACCCCUCUGGAGCAACCUUAAAGCUAGGGUUGCCAACUCUGGAGUGGGAAAUUCCUGGAGCUCU